AUUUUCGGCCGGGACAGUAGCACAGACAGCAGCAGCGAAAGUGAGAAAUAACUCCGUGAACUGGGAUAAUUCUGACCGCGAGGACUGAUGAGCGAACAAAAACACAUAUGAAGGGCAGCAGGAUGAAUGUGGAGACUCUCAGUAAAGCUGAACUUCUGAUGCUGCUCAGCAUUCUGGAAGGAGAACUGGAAGCACAAGAUGUAGUCAUACACACACUCAGGGCACAACAGAGAGAUGCAUUUGUACAAGAGCGAUAUGGACAUUACAACCUCCGUGACCCCUUCAUAGCACUGCUGAGAGACAGCGAGCUGUCGCAGGCUCAGGAUGAUGGAGGGCAGAGUCCCGUGUGUCUGAACCCGCUGGGCGUGUUGAAGCUAGUGAUGGCCCACUGCACCAACAUGAAGGAGAAAAUGAUGAAACAGCUCGCUGCUGCAGAGAGGAGACACAGACGGGUAAUAGCAGAUUUAGAAGAAGAGAAACGACGGCGUGCUCAAGACAAUGCUGCGGGUGAUGACAUCACUGCCAUGCUGGAGAAGGAACGAGACAGACUUCUGCAACAGCUGGAGUUUGAGAGGGCUCAAGUCGAGCGUUUAGAACGUGAGCGGUCAGUCCUGUCGAAUCAAGCUGAGGAGGAUUUAGCGCAGCAGCAACAGUUAUCCUCGACACUGGCGAAAGAAUGUCAGAAGGCUACAGCACGGGCAGAGGAGGAGAGCCAGCGGGUUGCAGAGCUCAGCCGCCAGCUGGAACAGGAAAGCAGUACCAUCAAAACCCUAAAGGGGGAGCUGGAGAGCGAACGCGCUCAUGCUCAGCAGAUGGAGGCGAGAGCUGAGAGAAAGCUGGCCGAAUUGGAUACAGAGCGCGAACAGAUGAGAGGGAAACUACUGAAGGAAGAAAAACGAUAUCAGGAGCUUUUGGAGAAGUUCAAUAGCCUAAAAAAAGAGUUGGAUGAAAUGAAAGAAAGAGAAACGGCAGGACUGGAAAAGGACAAUGAAGAAAAUGUAAAAACCACAGGGAUCAUGCCUCCUCUUAGUCAAACAGAAGUCGAUGGCAAAGCCAUUGCAUCUAAAUCAUCUCCGCAACCCAACCUAAAUGGCCACCACACUCCCAGAGAACCAGAGUCUCCAGCAGACGAGAGGUGCAAGGAGGUGGGAUCGGUGGACAAUGGGGUAGUACUCCCUGGAGGAAGUGGAGCCUUGCAGUGUCUCUCCCCAAGCAGUCCUGCCUCGUCCUCCCUUAGCUCAUCUCCUUGCUCUUCCCCAGUACUGACCAAGCGUCUGGCCUCUAUAGGUUGCUCUAGUCCGACCUAUCCAUCCUCUUACCAGGCCAGCAUCAACCAGCGAUUCCAAGCAGCACGCCACAAGUUUCAGCAGCAAGCUGAGGCAGAGCAGCAACACGGAGCAUCCGUUGUCCACUCACCUCGAGACCUUUCUCCUACUGCGGCUGCUCCUACUACUCCAGACAAUUCUACUGCAAAACAGAUUGCCCGCAACACUGUCACUCAGGUGCUGUCACGGUUCACGAGCCAACAAGCAACAAUUAAACUCCCUCCGUCCAACAGCUCGCCCUUUGGCACUGAUUACCGCAACCUGGCCGCAGCCUCCUCGCCGACAGGGAAGAGCCCAGGGGUUCUUUCACCAGGGAUCCGCUCACCAAUAAUUCCUAGGGCGGAGAAGAUUCAUCCACCCCCUGUUCCUCCUAAAAAUCAGGGGGUCAACCAGUCUACCGGCUCACCGGUUCCUUCUGGCAGGGCCAGCCACUUCCCCGAGCUCUCUGGGAGCUGUGGUCUCACCAGUGGUCAGGAAGAUGCAAAAGAGCUUGACUUGGUCGUGUCGUCAUCUAGUUAACCAGCCUGGAGUUCACACCUGUUGAAGUCUUCUCCACUCCAUUCCAUCCAGUGGCAUCUAAAGCACUCUUGAGAACCUCAAGGUUUCCUUCUUUUAUUUUCACCCUUAUUGUCAUGUCAUACUUGUCAAUUCUUGUCCUUAAAGGGAUAGUUCACCCAAAAAUGAAAAUUCUGUCAUUAAUUACUCACCCUCAUAUCGUU